CGUUCAGCUUCUGCUGCUCUUAUUUAACUUAUUUAACUUUUAAUAAAGAAAACCUAAAAUGAAUCGAAUGGGAAGUAUGUGCACGUUUGAUGAAAUCCGAAUGGAUGACAGACUGAACGGCCACAGGACGCUCAGACUGACUCUCCACGAACAGAACCAGCAGCAGCAGCAACCUGUCACAGACAAGCCAGUCGGCAGAGCGUUUGCUUUGAUACAGCCAACCUAUGAGAGGAAGCCGCUGAAGUCUGAUCUGAUCAAGCCAUCUGACGAUCAGGGUGAGGUCAUCAAGGUAUAUCUGGAGGACCGCAAAGAGGCACAAGCCAGACACCAGCAGAGUCUAAAGAUGCUCUCAGAGGAGGUUUCACAAAUACAGGAGGUAAGAUACUGUCUCAAGAGCCUCAGAGAGCAGAUGGCAGCUAAAAGUCACAGAGCCGAACAUAAGCUGGUGUUAUCUGGUGCCAGAAAAGUCAAUGGUACUCAUUCAGCACUGACACAGAGCCUGAACGGUUUAGAGAGACAGGACAGUAUGGACGAGCAGGAAAAAGAGAAGAUGAGGGAGGCCAGCAAACGUCUGUACGGUCAGCUUCAAGAGGCUGAGAAGAAACACCAGGAGGAGAGAGAGAAACUGCUGAUGGAGGCGCGUCAGUAUAAACAGCAGCUGUCGGAGCAGAGUGAGCAUCUGAAGAGGAUCCAGCAGAGCAAACAGCAGCAGGACCAGCAGAUUGACGACCUGCGGCGUCUCAUGAGCGGCAUGGAGCAGGAGAGCUCGGGUCUCAGGGAACAGCUCAUGAGCAGAGAAGCUGAAAUCCUGCAGCUCAGAGAACUCAGAGACGAGGGUCACGUCGGGACACAGAGGCUAGAAGAGCUGGAAAAGGACAAUGCCAUUCUGAAAGAGAAGAUUCACCACUUGGAUGACAUGCUGAAGAGUCAGCAGAGAAAAAUGCGGCAGAUGAUUGAACAGCUUCAAAACUCACGCAUGGUUAUUCAGGAGAGAGACCGAGCCAUCAGAGAGCUGGAGGAAAAGGUGGCCAUGCUGGAGGCUGAGAACAAACAAAUGCGUGACCAGAUGGAUUAUUACCUGGGAAGCCAAAGGUCAAAUUCAUUCCUGCCAUCAGACAGCAAUGCGCAGAUUGUCUACAGCAAACCUCUCAGACCAUCCAGCCAAAGCAACAAGAGUCUGCCCUUCAUCAAAGUCAUCGAAAUUAAAUCGUGAAAAAACUAAAACCCAGAGCUUUACUGUCUGAAGGCCUUCACUUCUAAUAUUGCAGAAGUCUGUUACUGUUAUUGACACUGACUAUGAAUGCGGGACUGUUAAAGUGAACAUAUGAAGACAAACAGAUUGAAGAAGUCAUUUUAGUCAUUAUUGUGAAACUAGAUGAAGUUGGAGGUAUUUAUUUGAGGCUGGCCCUCUGAAAACGAUGUCUUUUACUCAGCAGUAAUGGACAGAUUGUAACGUUAAACACCCUCUUUAUCUCUCAUAAUCUUGAUCAUCUCGGGAUUAGCUCAGCUAAGGGGAGUGAAGGGGGCUUUUUCUCUGAUACAAAUCACAGGUGAAAAUCUGGGUAAAUUAGAGCAACAGUAGUAGACUGGAAUUGGGUUUCAUUUUAUUUUAUAUGUGCUAUUUUCUAUAAUUCAAAUAGAUUUGAAUCUGUUGAAAUAAGCAACAAAAAAUAACUUUAUUUUAAAAUGUAUUAUUUUAUUCAUACCCAUUAGUUUCUUAAUGCAAAUGGAUUUGAAUUUGUUGAAGUAAAUAUCAAUGAAAAAAUUGUAAUUUUAUUCAGAACUGUUUCUAUAAUUUAAAUUGAUUGUAGAUCUGUUGAAGUAUAUAAAAAUACAAAACAUUAUUUUAUAUCAUUAUUUUAAUCAUACUCGGUUUCUAUAAUUCUUUUUAAUCAAUGGAAGUAAAUAAAACACUUUAUUUUAUUUUAUUCAAACCUGUUAGUCGUACAUUUGAACUUUGAAUUUUUUAAAAAUGACAAAAAAUAUUUUAUUCAGACCCAUUAGUUUCUAUAAUUCAAACGGAUUUUAAUCCAUAGAAGUAAAAAUAAAAUUCAUUUAGACUUUAUUUUACUCAAACCUAUUAGUUUCUUCAAUUAAAACAGAUUUUAAUCCACUGAAGUAAAUAAAAUAAAUUAAAAAAAGAAUUUUAUUUUAUUCAAACCCAUUAGUUUCUUUAAUUAAAACUGAUUUUAAUUCAUUGAAGUAAAUAAAAUAAUUAAAAAUAAAAGACUUUUAUUCAAGUCAAUUAAUUUCUAUAAUUCAAUUCGAUUUUAAUCCAUUGAAGUUAAUAAAAUGAAUUAAAAAGAUUUCUGAAUAAAUUAAUAAAUACUUUUUAAAAUUAUUAUUAUUAUUCAAAAGAUAAAAUAUGAAAAUAUUUAACAGGUAUACAAUAUAAUAAUAGAAUAUAAAAUCAUCCAAUCUAUUUCAACAGCUGAAUAUUUCAAUUGAAUUAUAGAACCUAGCAUUUAUUAAUAACUUAUUUUAAGGAAUGUGAAAUAAAGAAUGAAGGAUUAAGACAUUUUUAUAAUAUAUUCUUUUUGCUAAAUCUAAAUCGAGGUGAGGAAAUAUUUUCUGUGGCUAAUAAAAUUUUUAAAGCAUUUGAUCUCUCAUUGCAAGAGUCCAGAAGCGCAGCAGUGCACCUCCUUUAUCUUUAAUAAUAACUGAUAACUGAAGUGCUGAAAGAACAGAAGCAGAGACAGCGAGUCAACACACACACACACUAACUCAUGCUAAAACAGAGAACUGCAACAAAUAUUUAAACCUUUCUCGACCAAAAGCCACACAGCAGAGAGAGUCCAGACUCACUUCCUUGAAAAACAAAGGGGCCUUUUAAAAGUGUUUCAUAAGUCUCCAAGAAUGUAACACUUGUCCAGCACUGAGUGACCAGUUCAGACUAGCGUGACUUCUGUUCUCCAGUGCACACUCACCCAGUCAGCCAUUUACAGCAUUCACUAAACUGCAGCGGGUGAGAGAUUAUUUAUACUUUCAGACGGGGGUGUUAAAUUAUGCAUUUCAUUACCAUGUUAAUCCACCAUCUCAUUUGUAAAUGGCUGUGUGUAUAUUUUCAUGUUGUGUGAACUUUAACCUUGCGAAUUUCUCAGAAAUGCUUCAUAUUAGCAUCUUUUGUUUUGUUUUUGUAUUAAUAAUAAUAAUGAUAAUAUUUUUGUAGUAGAUACGAGUGGUUUGUGAUGCUUGAAUGAAUGUAUGUUGUGUGUUCUAUUUAAAUAAAUUAGUUUCAUUAA